AUGAAAUCGAUCGGCUCUCAAUUUCUUCAAAAAGGUUCAUUUAUUUUCCCGACCUAUUUUAUCACAAUUUUUGACUACACUCAAUUGUGUCUACCACAUCACACCAAAGCAUCAUUGUUCAUUCUCCAUCAUACUUAUAUUGGUAUUGCUAUAUCAUUAUGUGGCAUGGGCUACUUAAUACUAUGGACAUUAGCUUGCUGGGAUUCACGACGUCACCGAUAUUUGAGCGACAUUAUAUGGGUGAAAUGUGUUGAAGUUUUAACAUGUCGUCAUGAACGAGCAUCUUUGAUGCUGUUUAUUCUUUUAUGUUUAGCUGUUAUUCUAAUAGGUGUCUAUGGCAUGUUUGUAUGGAUAACAUCAUUGAUGGAAUCUGUUUUAACAACAAAAGCAGUUUUAAUAGGUUUCCAUUUUACUCUUGGUAUCGUUCAUGAUAUAAUGAAACAUUGUAAACAUUAUGAAAACUUUUAG